AUGAAAGAACCUGUUCUCCCGGAUAGGCUUACCGAGCAUGCCGAGUUCUGUCGUUACGCCACCAUGCUAAUUCGUUUGGUCGUUGGUACUCUCUCUGAUGGCGUUUUGUCCGGAGAUAUGUCCCUGGAGCGUGUACGUCGUGCAGAAAUUGUGGCUAAAACACGGAUUCAAUGGGACCCGGAAGAGUUGCUUGAGCUAAUAUACAGACAUCUGGUGUCUAAAGGCCUCCACCAAAGUGCGGAAACGCUUCAACGCGAAGCUCACCUCAAAGUGAUGCUUCACAAUGCUCCAAGUCAGCUGCCGUUGUACGAUGAUUUCAGUCGUCCACCGGGAGAAACACCACCGUAUCAACCCACUCCAGGCUCAGUUUCCAUUGAUUCAGGUUCAGUUUCCGCAUCACAGGUGGACCAUUCAAGUAGUACAAAUACAACCGAUCUGAUAGGACAAGGAGAAGUCGUUGGCCCAGGUGGAGAUAAUACUGGCGAAACAAUGCCCACGCCAAACCUGCGUUUAGUAAAAGUUCGCUCAGCAACAACGCCUGCUGUUCAGACACCCAAAUGUCCACACCCGGUUUCCGUGUGUCCCAAGUUCUCACUCUACCACCCGCAUCGAUGUCCGGAACCAAGGCCGAACAAACAGAGCAACUUCUGUCAACGUCUGUUGUCCCGCGAAUCGUUGUAUGGCUCGUUACGUUUACGCCCUUCGCGUAGGGAGGAUCGGCAUUUCCUGCACCGACGAUUCCAGCCGACGGCGGUUAUUCGAGAAACAGAGGAUGACUUGCUCACCGCUUGCUGUUUCUCGCUCACAGAUGAUGGCCUAUUUUUGGGCGCAACGUCUGGUUCCAUUGCCUGGGUCAAUGUGGAGGAAGAUGGAAUGCCGGUGGAACUGUUUCACGUUCAGACAUCUUCCAUUCGACGCCUGGCACACACACGAGAUGGUGAACGUCUUCUGGUCUGUUCUGAAUGGGGUGAACCAGCCACAGUGGUGGCUCAACUUCGGCAUUCCACGAGCAACAGCGGGAGCAAUAACAAUAGCAGUCCGUGGGAAGCAGUCGGGGAAGAUUAUGUUUUUCACGUGUCAGAAGCUCGUUAUGCGGAAUUCAGCAACACCGGGUUGCAAGAUCGUUUGGUCGCCACCUACGGAAAGAUGGCGAAGGUAUUUGAUCUAACGACCGGAUCCCGUGUUGCCGAUCUUUUCUCUGCUGUGAAACAAAGCGGUUACGUGCUGAACAAAGCCACCUUUUCUCCAUCAGAUCAACUGGUCCUGAAUGACGGUGUGAUAUGGGAUUUGCGAUGUACAGGAACCCUGUCCGCUCCCAACGGUUCAUUGCACUCGGGUUAUUUCAAUCGACCCGUGCACAAAAUCGACAAACUACAGGAUAUUGUCUCCGGCGUAUUCCAUCCCAAUGGAUUGGAGAUUAUUGUUGGCUCUGCCGUGUGGGAUGUAAGAACUUGGCGUUUGUUGCAUACAAUCCAGGCCCUGGACCGGCUAGAGGCACAGUUUAAUGCGACUAAGGAUGUGAUCUAUGCCGGUACUUUCGGAUUGGACGAUGAAGAGUACGCGGAACUGGGAAACAGCCGCUUGGUUAUGCCCAAUAUGUUCCGUACUGUAGAUGCAUUGGACUACAACCUAAUCGCCUCAGUCAACGUUCGCCACCGAAUUGAACAGCUUGCUUUGGAUACGACCGGUCAUUCUUUAGCCCUGGUUGAAAAAGUGGGUGAGAAUAGUAGCAAUGAGUCAAUCACCCAGUGUCGAAUCUACAUGGUCGGUCGCAAACGCGGUGAACGAGAACCAGACAAUGAGGAAGAAGAAGGCCGAGAAGAUGAGGAUGACGACGAUGACGAUGAUGAUGAUGAUGACAAUGAUGACGACGAUGAUGAAGAUCUACUCAAUGCUGAAACUGCUGAUGAACUAGCCCAAAUCUUGGACGGGUCCUCUUCCGGUAACGACAGGGCUAGCAGUGAUUCCAGUGAUUGGAGUGCUUCUUCAAGUGAACGGGUUCGAGCCCCGAGACGUCGUUCACGUCGACUCAGAGCUGUCACUCGUGCCCGAAAUACGGAACAGCCAGCUGGCGCUGAGGUAACUGAAGGUACUGGGGAGACUGCAUCCAAUGCACCAGCAGACAGACGAAAUGGUGAUAGUGAUGAACCAAUGGAUCGAGAUGGAACGGGUGAGGAUGCCAACAGUGUGUCUUCUUGGGAGACGCUUGAAGAGGAGGAAGUUUCAGACGAGUCCAUUAUUACGGAAGAUGAAUAA